AUGCAGCCUUCGAAUGAUGCUCUUCUUAAAGUCCUUGUGGCACUGGUCAUCAAUCAAGGACUUAAGGAUCAAGAGCCAGAUCACCGAGCUCAGUUCCAUUUGGGGAAAUUUGUCAAAUCCAUGGAGACACUUCGAGACAAGCUCAAUACCGAGCCUCGAUUAGUCAUUGAUAUCAGAAAGAUGGUGGCGUGUUUGCGUCUGUUUCCUGGCGUUGAGGUGAAUGGAGACAUCAUCGGAGUUGACUGCCGAGAUGAAUCUAAUCUCCACGAAUUUAAACGAAUCGUGUUGGAUAGUGUGGUUGAAUUUGCAACUAACAGCAUGCCGCUGGACGACUUGAUAGAUGCUGGUAAUAGUGCCAUCCACACACUGUCACCAAAUGUCGAUCCCAAUUCAGAUUUGGUCGAUAAGACUGAUAAGAUGGAAAUAAUUGAUGCUAUUUUGGUUGAAGAAGAUAGACCUACAGAAAGCGAAGUGAAGGUAAUCGAACUAGUCGAAGACUCAAAUCGUAUGCCAGUUGACGAUAACAAUUCUGGAAAGCCUCAGGACCUGGACGCCCUUGUUGAAGUUGACGAAGCAAACGUAAAUGAUGGCGCAAUUGAGGCUACAAGCUUGACAGAAUCACUGUCAUGCACCAAUAAUGAAAUGCAAACUGAUGGUGAACCUUCCCAUACAAAGUCUGAGGAUGCUCAUAAAGACACCACCGAGGCUCAUGACGACUCCAAGAAGCAAUUGAAAACUUCUACUGAUUCUUUGAAAACAGAAGGACUUCACGAGACGGGGGAAAAUGCAGGUGAGCCUGUCGAAAAGGGAGGCGAGAAUAUCAUAUGCUCAAACCUGACUGAAACUCAUGAAUCUGGAGAAAUGAUUGAUGACUCUGAUCAUGUGAAUGAGCAAAAAAUAGAGCAGACCUCUCAGAAUGCCGCACUUUCUGUUAACGAGCGUCCUUUGACAGAAGCACAAGAAAAGGAGUCGGAAGUCAUUGUCAGCAAGGAGGAAAACGACACUCCGAAUCCCAGCAUAGAAAAAACCAAAACCAAGAUGUUGGAGGACCAACCUGAGUUUCAAAAUGAACAAUCUGAAGCAGCAAAAGAUGCUAUUGGGGAUAUCGUCUUGGAACCUGGUAAGGGCGAUGGGAUUUUGCUGGAUGAAAAGGGGUCUAAUGAAGCUGAACAUGAUCAUUCGAACAUCCAUACUCAAGAUGAUGAGGGAAAAGGACACAUAGAUGAUGAAAGUAAAGUGCUCGUGAACGAUGAAAAUCUGAAAGAUGAAGCUCCAAUUUCCACAGCCGAUAAAGUUUCAGAAGAAAGAGAGGAUGGUCAUGAUUCAGAUUUUGCCAAUCCCACCGAGAAGCCAUCUUCCGAAACCGUAUCAAGCGAGCAUGCGCUGACUACUUUAAAGAGUCUGGACGAUUCUCAUAUGAAAACAACAGAGGGCACAAUUGAAGAACCUGAGUCGUUGCCUGGUAAGGAUAUCCAAAACUCAGUGGAUAGCAAUAGUAACUCUCCAAAUCUAGCACUUAAUCAACUGACAACCAAUUCUGAAAGCGAGGCCAAGAGCAACAGUCCAGUUGAGAAAGAUCCCGAAGAUGCGACCGAAGCGGAAGAUCACAAAUCUUCCAAGGUUAAAGUUGAACUGAAAGAGCCUGAAAUUAUUUCUCGUCGAAGGAAGAGGACACACGAGGAUGAACCAGGUGACCUGAGAACACGCAAGCUUGUCAAACUCGAACGCCGCGAACUCACGCCAGCUCAAUACAAGCGCUUCCAGCAGGUCAGCAUAAACCUCAUUACGUCGAUUCAAGCUCACAGAUUUUCGUCCCCAUUCCUUACGCCUCCAAAGAAAGCAGAUCAGUCUGAUUAUAGCUUGAUUGUGAAGCAUCCGAUAGACUUGAAGCUGUUGUUGAAGUUAGUCAAACAGAAGAAUCCUCCUGUCUACACACUGGUCAAGCAACUACAGAAAGAUAUUAUGCUCAUGUUUGCAAAUUCUGUCAUGUAUCAUAAAAGCGACCAGGAUUCUCUUCAAUUGGUGCAUACUAUGCGACACGAUGUCAAUGAAAGUUUACCGAUGUUUGAGGAAGCGGAAGAUGAAAUACGAGCGGAGUAG